GGCGGGGUGGUGUUGUUUAACGUUUAACGUCACGAUACGCAACUUGGCGACGUUACGAGGAAGGCGAGAGUGCGAGACGGUGUCUUUUCUUUUCAGCACCACUAGACAAAUAUCGGUUGAUACAUCGCGAGGUGCAGCCGAAUCACUAUGGAUCAGGAAGACGUUCUGACGAUACUAAAGAUCCUCAUGAUAGGCGAAUCCAAUGUAGGGAAAUCAAGCAUACUACUGAGGUUUACCGAGGAUGAGUUCUACGAGAACAUGCAGAGUACGGUCGGCAUGGACUACAAGACCAAGCAGAUCAACAUCGACGGCAAUGUGGUGAAACUCGCGAUUUGGGACACCGCCGGCCAGGAACGAUUUCGCACUUUAACGCCGAGUUAUUACAGAGAUGGCCAGGGUGCUAUCUUAAUGUACGACGUAACGGAUCGGAAUACCUUUGUGAAAUUGGAAACAUGGCUCAACGAGUUAAAUACGUACUGCAAUAAAACGGACAUCGUCAAGAUGGUAGUGGGCAAUAAGAUAGACCUGCCGAAUAGAGAAGUGAGCACCGAGGAGGGCCUACAAUUUGCCAGGAGGCAUCAGACCUUGUAUAUCGAGAGCAGCGCAAAAACGGCGGACGGUGUAAAGUGUUGCUUUGAGGAACUCGUACAAAAGAUAAUACAAACACCUGGUCUUUGGGAUACUCAUUCUUUGCGAUUGUACGACAAUGGUACCGUGGGUGGCGCGAGACAUCGAAUGGGAAAACGAGGAAUGCAGUUGACCAAUGAUAAUCAACAGCAGGAUGCGUACUCAAAUUGCUAUUGCAGCUUGCUGUAAUGGAUUGUGAAAAAGUACAUGUGCUCGCAACGAUAGUGUAUAUGAAUGUGUUAAAUUUGAAGAUCUUGCGCGAGAAGUAGAUUUCGAGAGACAUUGAGUGUGUGUAACAUGGAAAGGGUCAAACGUAAUAGGUCACCAUUUCACACGUGCUAUAUAUUCAGAUCGUACAAAACUUAUCCGAAAAAAGGCAUGUAUACUUGCUUAUAUCACGUACACAUCUAAACGUACAAACUGUCGUUAGAGACUAGGUUGAAUCUGGCAUCGGAAUCUACGGUGUGAAGCAAAAUUUUGUGUUUGUGUAAAUACAUGAUUUUACAAAUACUAAAGAAACACUCAAUAAGACAUUUGUAUGGGUCGUAGUCGGUAGUAUCGAUCGCAUUUUUGUACAAGUGAAUUCAAAUAUUUGUAUAGUCUUUUUCGAUUGUGUUUGUCGUUUUAUAUUUUGCACAAUACGUGCGCUUGACGCAUAUCGUUGUACAUUUGAAAAAAGCAUGUAUUAUACUGUAAAAAUGUAUCUAAGGAUGUUGUUUCAUUGUUGUUACUUUGUUGAUUGUGUACUAAUUUCUAGAGGUGCUACAAUAUAAUAUCUCUUAUCAAUGAAUAUAUACUGUAUCGAGAAAUCGGAGAGUAUAUAUUUUACGGAGAUUUCAAUACAACUGUAUGGUAGUGAUAUAUAGUAUAUCCUAGAAUUCGUGUAUACGUGCGUAAUGCGAUCCUCUGCCAGAAGAGGCAACUUUUUUCUCGGGCAAAAAUGCAUUCGAGCAAUUUGAAGCUAACGAAUAAGCGCUCUAAGUUACGGAUGAAUCGAGGCGACGACGUGCGCUGUACGUGCCGUUUUAUUAUUUCUCUAAAAGUUUUAUAGCAACUUUACGUGAUAUUUAAAUGUCGCUAUUUAUAAAACGAUUUAUUUAAUAAGAGAUAUUGAAAAUUU